CACUGACACGCGCCACACUCACACGCGCCACACUCACACGCGCGCCGGUGCCGCGAGCUCCGUCUCCGUCUCUCCGAGUUCGUCUCUCGCGAGUUCCUCCGCCCGCCAGGGUCCUCUCUGCGGUCUCCCGGCGCGACGGAGAGACGGAGAGACGGCGACGCCGAGAGAGCGAGAGAGACAGAGAGCAAAGAGACAUAUCUCGCCAUGAGCAAAGAAGUGCUCCCUCCCGGGCCCCUGGCCGCGUACAACAGCCUCGAGGACAAACACCUGGCCGCCUACUUCAGCAGCGCCCGCAUGAGACGGCACCUGCGCAGGGUUGGACUGAUCAAGCGCAGCGGGGAGCUGGUGUCGGAGAGGGCCUACAAGCUGCAGGUGGCGCGCAAGGAGCACCAGGAGCGCGUGAGGGAGGUGCUGGCUCAGGCCAUCCUGGACAAGGCCCUGCACAUGGAGCAUUACAGGCAGGCGGCCAUCCGACGAAAGCUGGAGGAGAUAUCCAAGCUGAAGAGGAUUCGGAGGAUACAGGUGGGGUGUGUCGAGUACAGCCGCGGGGCCGUGCCUCCGUCGUGGACGGCUCGCGGGCAGCAGGCGGAGAGAGACGCGCUGCGAAUCCUUCAGCCGCACCCUCCGCCUGAGCGCAGGACGGGGCCUCGGAGCGGAGGGACGAGCGACGGCGCUUCCCCAGAGUCGCCAACGGCAACCAGCUCCGCAGAGGCCGAGGAGUCGAGCCGUCCUCUGACGGCGCCCGAACAGAGCUCGCGGCCCCAGCGACUGCAGCCGCUUCGCACCGCGGUCAGCCUGCCCUGCCCCACGCGACUCAACCAGCUAGAACGAGAGAUGCUGCAGAAGCUCACAGGCCGGACCACCUUUCUGGUGGAGCCUCACCCGCCACCGUCGCCCUACGUCCUUCCACUCAUCUGCAACCGCGUCGCCAGCACCGGCUCCAACCACCACCACCAGCAGCAGCUCAACUCCCGGAGCAACGAGGCGCUCAGGAGUCGAACGUCCGCGCAACCCCUCGGCACGAGACGCGGCAGGGUGCUCCGGAUUUCGGCCUCCCAGGGCCACGCGAGCCCCCCGGCGGAGGGCGACGGCAAGGUUGGCUCCGGCUCCCAGCCGCGGUUGCGGACGCUGGUCCCUCGCCCGCCCCAGCCCCGCGGCGGCGGCGCGGCCACCGCCACCGCCACUGUGGAGGUCUCCAUGGUGUACCUGGGCAAGCGCGGGCGCCCGUCGCGAGAGCAGGUGCUGGGCGACGAGGUGCGCGUGAUGCAGCAGCACUGCGGCGGGGAGAGCCUCUGCGUGUUCCACGGUCGCUUGAAAAGAGGAGAGGCGUUUCGGUUCCGGUCGCGUCGGCUCGGCGGGUUCCCCUUCAGCCUGUCGCUCUACGUCGACGGCCUGCUGAUCGGCCGGCUCAGCUGGUGCUGCGAGUUCCGCCACCGGCAAGGCGGCCGACUCAGCGGGGGGCGCCUGUCGCACUUCAGCCUCACGGGCGUGCAGGGCGCCGCACCCUGCUACCGGUGCAUCAUCGCCCAGGGGCUGGACAUCCAGCCCUUCCCGCCGGCCAAGCGCAAGGGGGGCGAUCGCGAGCGAGCGGCGCACACGGAGCCCCCGCGGACGGAGAGCGUCGAGCAGCCGCUACAGCAGCAGCAGCGGGAGCAGCACUCGUCGACAGAGGAGAGCGACAGUGGAGAGAGCGACGACGAGGAGGAGGACGUUGACGUCGACGAUGACGACGAUGAUGACGGUGACGGUGACAGAGAUGAAGCCGCGGCAAGCAGUGGAAAAACAGCACCGAAUGAAUACAUGGAGGAUUUUGAAGAGGAGGAGGAGGAGGAGCUCGAAGAGGAGAUGGAGGAGCAGCAGCAGAAGGUGAAGGAGGAGGACACGGGCGAGGUGGUGGAGAAAUGCCCCGGCUCCGGCGGCGGCGGCGUUGUCGAGACGCACGACGAGCCGCGAGGUUUCGACGAUGGUGCCGGAGACGUUACCGAUGAAUCCGACGGCGGCUCCGUCGUGGAGGGGGGCUCCGCGACUGUGGGCAGUGCCAAUCGCGAGACGAACGUGAGGAGCUCUCCGGCGCACAGCAGUGAAGAUGUCGGAGAGGAUGAGGAGGAAGCAGAUGAGAAGAGGAACAAUGAGGAGGAGGAGACGCAAGGAGAGAUACCAGACGACGACUGGGACAGAGAGACACCAUCACCGCUGCGCAGUUACAUGGAAGAGGAGGACCGCGACGAUGACGGUGACGUCACGACCCGGGGGGGAAGCUCCCACUCCACUCAUUCUGAAGAAAACGCCGGCAGGGAAGGGCGAGGGACCGUCGCUUCCGACGAAGAAUCUGGGCACGGCAGCGACGCGACGGAGGUGGACGUAGCGGCAGGACAGGAUGGGGAAGAGGAAUGGGAUGAAGCGACGGGCGAUGGUGAUGGGAACAUCCCUGCAGCGGCGGCGAUGGUGGUUGGAGACGAUGCAAGCAGCGGAGGCCCCGCGAGUGUGGCUCACCGCAUCUCGACGGCGUUGAGCCACACGGAGCGGCGGGCCGCCUCCGAGCCGGAGCUGAGCAGCGACUCGUCAAACUCCGAGGACGAGGAUACGGCAGUGGCGCCGGUGGCGGCCGUGCAGGACAGCAGUGGCAGUGAUAACGGUGCGAUUGGACCAGACGGCAAGACCGACGCUGAAGCCGAUGACAAUGCCGAGGAAAGUGGGGACGGGGACCACGAAGCGGCAGUGAAAGAUUUGGACGCCAAAGACGUUGCCUCUGAAUGGGAAGCGGAAACAUCCGCUGUCGGUCGGGAGGUAGCCACUGUUGCCACUGAAGACGACUCGCUAGCGACCAAAGGAAUGAAAAACGACGACAAUCAAGGUGCUAACGAUGUGACCAACGAAGGUGAAGUGUCUCAGCGAACACCGAGAGAUGAGCCUGAAGCUCCAGCGGAGACAUCAGAUGUCAUGGAUGCAGGAGGAUUGGGAGUCACAGACGCAGAUCUAAAGGAGGAUACUAAGGCCCAGGAUGGAGCUCUGGCAGAGGCUGAGGACAGAGCUCCAUCACAGGUUCAAAAUGUAGGUUCAGAGGAAAAAGCAGAGGUCGAAAAUUAUUUAUUAGAGGAAGCAGAGGCCCAGGAUGGAGCUGUAGUAGAAGUAGCAGAGGCCCAGGAUGGAGCUGUAGUAGAAGAAGUAGAGGUCCAGGAUGGAGUUGCAGUGGAGGAAGCAGACGCCCAGGAUGGAGCUGCAGAAGAGGAAGCAGAGGCACAGGAUGGAGCUGUAGUAGAAGAAGCAGAGGCACAGGAUGGAGCUGCAGAAGAAGAAGCAGAGGCACAGGAUGGAGCUGUAGUAGAAGAAGCAGAGGCCCAAGAUGGAGCUCUAGUUGAGGAAGCAGAGGCACAGGAUGGAGCUGUAGUAGAAGAAGCAGAGGCCCAAGAUGGAGCUGCAGUGGAGGAAGCAGAUGCCCAGGAUGGAGCUGCAGUAAAAGAAGCAGAGGUCCAGGAUGGAGUUGAAGCAAAGGCCCAGGAUGGAGCUGAAGCAGAGGAAGCAAAGGCACAGGAUGGAGCUGCAGUAGAAGAAGCAGAGGCCCAAGGUGGAGCUCCAAUAGAAGAAGCUGAAGCACAGGAUGGAGCUCUAGGAGAGGAAACCGAUACACAGGAUGGAGCUUCAACUGAGGCAUCAGAGGCCCAGGGUGGACCUCUAACAGAGGAAACUGAGGCCCAUGACAAAGCACCAGUAGAGGAAGCAGAGGCCAAGGAUGGGGUUCCAACUGAUAAAUUCAAGGUCCAGGAUGGAGCUCCAACAGAAGAAGCAGAGGCUCAGAGUGGAGCUCCAUCAGGGGAAGCAGAGGACGAGGAUGGGGCUUCAUCACAAAAAGUAGAGGCCCAGGACAGAGCUUCAUCAGAGGAAGCAGAGGCACAAGAUGGAGCUCCAGUAGCAGAAGCAGAGGCCCAGGAUGGAGCUCCACCAGAUGAAAUAAAGUUUCAGAGUGGAGUUGAAACAGAGGAAACAGAAGUCCAGUGUGAAGCUCCAUCAGCGGAAGUGGAGGCCCAGGAUGAAACUUCAGCAGAGAAACAUGAAAAUACUAUUUCAGACAAAGCAAUGGAUGGUGAUGUUAAGCAUCAAGCUCAUGGUGUUCAGUGUCCAGGAGAAGAAGCCCCACAGGCAGACAAUGGGUUUCAAGAUAAAGAUCUGAUUGAGGCAGUGGCAAAUAUUGAAAAUGGAGUGACCAGCAUGGCUCAUACUGAAGAUUCGGUGGCAGCACAAGAAGACGAGAACAAAGGCGAAGGUGCGACGGACACUCUUUCUCAACAACAACAAGAAGGACUCAAUAGUGUCCAGGAGUCUCCAGCAGAGGUAGGGCUAGAUACCCAUGAUGAGUCUCCAUGUAACGGACAAGGUGACCACGAAGGAACUGCGGAACAAGAACAGAGGGAAGAUCGGAAUCCUGAGACCAAGCCUAAUAGCGAGGAGUUGGAGAGAGAUGAAAAGAAGCCACCCAAGUUGUGGAAAAAGUUGAGCCAGCGAGUGCUGAGUUUUAACGAGCAUCAAGACGGAGAAGCGGCGAUGGAUGAACGAGGAGAUCAGAAACCUGACCCUGACAAACAGGCCAAGGUCAAACAGGCCAAGGUCCAGGGUGAUGUCGACACGAAGGAAAUCGAAGCUGCUGUGGAGAAGGUCGUAUCAGCGCAAGAAAAAACACCGGUGGACAAAUCCAGGGAUGUUGUGAGAGCAAUCGUCAGGAACGAGGCAGCUGAAGAGAACACCGAGCCUGGUGAUGCACGUCCGGACGAUGGAGACCACGCCAGAGCAGACGACGAAUCGGAUGGAAGCGUGGUUAAGGCUGAGGCAUCGCAGCAAGUGGCUGAGGCUCAGAAAAAUGAUCUGGGGGAUGCUGUUGAACCUGGUGACACUUUGCAAGCGGGCGAGAACACGGACGCACACGGCGCGUCUCAAUCGGGGCCCGGCGACAGCGAGGAUUGCGACGCGGACCCAGAGGAAGGCACGAAGCGCAGCAGCGGGUCAACAGCCGAGGAUCUCGACGGCAAAGGGCAUCCUCGCAACAAGGUGGGCGACGGUCACGAGGGAGGAACCGAGAAGAGCAACGCGGCUUCUAGAAACGGCGAAGGCGACGGUGAAGCCGACGGGAAUAAAAAGCCCCGGCUCUGGAAGCAGCUGAGCAAGCGGGUCCUGAGCUGGUCGGAGCAGCAGAAUGGAUCUUCCCCGAUGGAGGAGGCAGAAAUGGGAGGCAAGAGAGAGGAGGGACCUCACGGCGGCGCCGAGACCCACGGCGGAGCGGACAAUCGUGGCGGAGAGCUCCAGUGUGGAGCUUCGACGGAGGAAGCAGUGGUUCACCAGGGAUCGUGUCGCGAGCGUGAACAGCGGCCCGGGGAAGAGGCUGCUCGAGUUGGGGACGUCAAAGCCCCCACUGGAGACACGGAGACGGGAGAGGACGAGACCUUGUCGGGCGAGGCGGGCGAGGGCAGAGGCGACAGCAAUGGCGUGAAUUUGGACCUCGUGGCGUCCGAUGAUAAACCGGCAGAGUCAGAGGAUAAUCCAGCAACUUAGCCAAAGCUGAAGGGUGGAUUGACCUGCUGUACUAGCGGCUGUGAGACAAUCUGCUCGUGCAGGACUGGUAAAGACGAGUAGAUCGGACAACCUUUCAGCAAUAAGGUCACGAUUAAUGCGGCGGAUCGAAUCGCGAGCGCUGUUGUGCGUGUGGAUGUCUGGGACAGCGGAGAGUCUUGAGCAGCACGUGAUAUUGUGGAGGGGCGCACAUUCCCACAGCCUCAAUGUAAAACUCCGCGAGUGGGAUGAGACCGUCAAGAGCAGACUUUGGAGUUCAUGAGGCAUCAACUCCUCAACGGCCGCACGAUCUUGAAGGAGGCAGAAAGUGGUGUGAUGGCAUCAGCCGCAUAAUCUCUUCAAUUAAUCUUGAGGGUCUUUACAGCCACUGAAUGGAGCUGCAUCUAAGCGGGUGUACAUGAGAGUUGGGGGGACGACGACACUGAUGUUGCUUAGGGGGACACGGCCCCCUAGACUCCCCCCUAACCCCCGUUACCACCCCGGAGAAAUGAUCACUGGUGCGGGAACCUGCUGAAUGUGUUGUUAGAAUCUUGGGAGGACGUUUGACCUCGGCAGCUCAAAGUUGACGGAGAUCAACUGAGCCCAUUGUGUGUGUGUGUGUGUUACAGGCGUUUGAAACAAUCGGAGAGAGUGGGGUAACAAUAGGAGUCGUUAAUCAAGAGGUCAGAAAGAGAUGCGGCCGAAUGGCUCAAGGGUUCAAAUCACUGAGCCGGUGCUGCUGAGAUCUUGGAUUUGAAUCUUGGCUUCCGCUGACUGUGACUCAAGUGUAGUGAGUCGAUGGCGUCAGCCUGGUCUCUCUUUCUGUCUCCCUGUAUCUGUGUUGUGUUUGUGUCUGUCUUGCUGUGUCUCUUUGUAUUUGUCUCUCGAUAUUGCUGUAUAUCUCCGUGUAUAUGUGUCCUUCUUGCUGGGCGUGAAUGUAUCCGCCAUCUGUGUGUGUGUCUUCUCUGUUUCUGUCUCUCUGCCUCUCUUUAUGAGUUUCUAUGUCUCUGUGUCUCCGCGUCUAUCGCUGCAUCUAUUUCCAUGCCUCUAUCUAUCGGUGUAUCUAUCCAUGUCUCUGCAUCCAGGGCAACAUCUUCCCAUUGUCAGCACAGCUGAGACAGCCGUUUCUCAGAUCAGCUUUCGAACUUCCAAGUUUUAUCUGCCUGGUUCCACCCCGCAUUAAAGGCCGUGACACGCUCGGGAAAUAUCGUCUGCCAGUGGCUGAAUAAUUAAGAAAGCGACAAAGUCCAUCUCGAGAUUUUUAUCCUCAGCGUGGAGAUGAAUUCAUCGAGUCACCACUCUAAUAUGCUGGUAGUGGCUUCAUCAUGAGCACUCUCUCACACAGAGACCCAUAUACUCACUCACAGACCCAUAGACUCACGGAGAAACCCACAGACUCGCAGGAGAAGCCCAUAGAUUCACAUUGAGGUCCACUGAGACAAUGCAAUAUGCUGGCAGUGGCUUCUAUGUGCUUUCCCACAUAAAGACCCAUAUAUAUAGACAUUACCUGUAGACGCAUAUAGAUACCCAUAGACUUACAUAGAGACCCGGGGGUUAUUUAGCCCAACUUCAUCACGCUAAUCACCACCGGUUAAUGAAGGUGGGGAGCAUAGAGGCUCGAAAAUAGUACAGUACAACAAUGUACGCUGCUGCACUGCCCUCUGCUGGCAACGUCGCCCUGUCCGCAACCUAUAACACCUGUGUGUGUGGCACUGCAGUCGCCCGUGCAAGCACGAUGUGGGCUCCACCCCGCUCAUCACUUUCCGAGGUCUGGCGAGAUGGGGCACAUUCCGGGCGAUCUGACCACACGGGCUGAACACUUUGGGUCUCCCCCCUGCCCCCCCCCCCCGCCCCCGGUUAGUUGUACCUGCACGCCUCGCGUGACAUGAAAGGCGAGGAGGAGGUGGUGGUGGAGUGAAAUUCCCUUCUCAACCGGGAGUCAGAGCCCCACCAACUGCAUUGCUUAGCACGGUUGGCUACGUGCGGUGCGAAAGAAGUCAAACAGACGUGCAACUACAUUGAUUGCUUCCAGGCUUGUGUCGUCGUCGUCGUCAUCGUUGUCACUGUGGACUCUACUUGAAGUGAGCGAGUCGCGCCGAAUGGACGCGACUUGGACAGCGAAGCGAGCUACUGCUACUGCUGCUGCUGUUGCAACUGCUGCUGCUGUUGCUGCUGCAACUGCUACCUCUGCUACUGCUGCUGCUGCGACUGCUGCUGCUGCGUAUGCGACAAUGAAUGUCCGCGGUUUCCAGGGUCUCCCAGCCCUCAAUGGCCAAGUUCGCCUUUCCGUGCUCGCCAAUUUCCCGGGCGGAUACGAAUGAAGUUACGACACGCUGCUCGAGCCUGAUGAUUGCUAAAACGGUGCGUUCUUUGUGCGCUGCAAUAGCCGGAUCUAAAUGUGCGUGCUUUGCUGCGUCCCACAGGAAGCAAGCACUGUGGCGUGCGAGUCACAAUUGAUGUUUUCGUUAGGCCACUUACUGAUUCUGGCCUAAAUGCUUGUGGUAAAGCCCUCCAACUACCCAACAGAGCCAAAUAAAUCGCAUUGUCUCGCGUACGAGCGUUUCAGUGCGCCAAAUAUUGAGUCAGCUCACCGGCAAGUUGCAAAAACAAUUGUCACGGCUAACUUUAGCAAUUGGAUAGCAAUCGGUAGAGUCCGUGGCCCAACAUAAAACUUAAUUGCGAAACAUUGGCUGCGAAAACCAACGUGCUAAAUACUUUCUUGUGUGUGUGUUAUGUUUCACGUGACACAAAGAACGCCAAUUUAUAUUAACCUGGAACAAACUGAACACAAUCGUCAAUAACACUGUGGCCUUAAAAUAAAAAAAUGACAAAAGCGACGUUUCGGGAAAAGCCCAAAGAGAGGCCCAAAGAGACGAGUGGAUAAUAAUCGCGAUAUACUGCACUUAUCUACACCAUGGGGGGCUGAUAAGAAUGAUAUUUUAAGAUAUAUUCUCUGAUGACCAUGUUUUAUAUUCAUCUUCUUGGUUCUUUCUGUAAAGUCACGUA